GUCUCCAUCCAAUCGUCACCCUCUCCUACAACACUAGAUGACUUACGCGGGACACCGAGCUCGCCCUCUAUCAUUCCAUCUGCGCUGAACUCCCCUCUCUCGCUUUCGGGGGAGGCAGGUCGGUCAUCCCUAGUGGAUUUCUGGAAGUUGUCGGGUCGAGGUUCUCCCCGCUCGCGAGGCUCCCCUAUGUCGGCGUGCUUGGAGCCACCCCAUGGGGGGCAAACGCCCCCUUCGCCCCCAGUUACGGCAACAUNGAACUCCCCUCUCUCGCUUUCGGGGGAGGCAGGUCGGUCAUCCCUAGUGGAUUUCUGGAAGUUGUCGGGUCGAGGUUCUUCCCGCUCGCGAGGCUCCCCUAUGUCGGCGUGCUUGGAGCCACCCCAUGGGGGGCAAACGCCCCCUUCGCCCCCAGUUACGGCAACAUGGUUUUCCCUUAAAGUGCAUCCCCACCGACGCCAAAAGCUGAAGAGGUCUCGACAGAUUCGUUUGGCGCCUCGUGCUUCCAAGCUCUUUGGGCUCUACCGAUCCUAGAAAUUGCUGAAUUGCACCUAGUCGCCAGCCAACCAUUUUCUCGACGCCACCGUGUCUUAGCCAACAACCGGCCGGUUCUAUACGGUUCAACCCUCUCUGGACUUCGACUACCGUCAACGGUCGGUUAUCCGUUGUAGAUGCGUCCAUCAUGUGGGUCUGGACAAAGAAUGCGAACGCGCGCGACGCGGCGGGUGGUGUCCUGCCUUAUCUGUCCCGACGGUAAUCACGCCGGGAAAUUUCCAGUCUAAAUCCCUAUUAAUAGGCAUAUUUACUGCUGUAAAUUCCGCUUAAAUGGAAAACGCUGUUUCUCCGUCGUUUAUGAUCAGACUCCGGUUUUGGGACAUUCAUACGAAAGCUAUGGGUCAGUCCAUUUGUUACGAUGUCUUUUUUUUGGCUUUUUUUAGGCUGUCUUUUUUUCGAAAAUGACAACUGGCCAAAUAGCCCCGUGUUAAAACGUCUUUUCUUGCUAAAAUAUGACAACGAACCUUAUUCGACAGCCUAUUACACAGGGCCAUCUUUUGGAAGCGUAAAAAAAAAAUGCACAGUACUUGCACUGUCUAAAAACGCCUAUAUGUGCAUAGAAACGCACACUUUUGGGAGCCAGUACACCGAAACCGAAAUUUUGAAGGUUUGGCAACCGAACGCACCAAAACUCUUCGGAGGGCGUUGCAUGUUCACAGACUACCUAUAUCAGUCGCCUUUUGCACGGCGCCUCGUGUGUACAGCUUUUCCGAUCGGCUUGACCGCACCUCAGCACCCCAUUUGGCGGAAAUCAUGUCCUCAUUUCCAGAGGGUGAGGAAACACCGACGCCGACACGUUCCUAAACUUCUGCGGGCACUGCACGACCGUCACACAUAUGGAGCACACCCUCAGCGUGCGAGUACGUGAGUUC